AUGGCUGAGGCAUGGAGCUGGAGUUGGGGCUCUGGCCAGUCCGGUUCUAGUUGGGGCUGGGGAUGGGGCUCCGACAACUCUGGCGGUUCUUCUGGCUCGGGUUCAGGUGGUUCAGAUUCGAACUCGGAUGGUUCUAGCUUUGGUUGGGGUUGGAGCUCGAACGGAACAGAUACAAACUGGGGUUGGGGAAGUAGCUCGGGCUCAAACCACUCAAGCGGCACUGGCUCUACGCACAACAACCAAACGUCCGCAUCAAACCACUCAAGCAGCGUUGGUUAUACACACAAGAGCCACACGGCCCCAUCAAACCACUCAAGCGGCACUGGUUCUACACACAAGAGCCACACGACUCCAAUAUCGUCAAGAAGAAAGAUUGAGGUUACCGUGUGGAAGAAUGGAUUCGAUUACCAAGAAUGGGUUUCAAAGCAUGCUCCGUUUUACAUCAACGAUGUUCUUGUCUUCAAGUACAACAAUGAUCAAACCCAAUCCAAGAAGCAAAACAACAACGUCAACAACGAUGUCUACUUGCUCCAAGACUUGAAGAGUUACAGGAGAUGCGAUGUGACCAGAGGCAAGAAGCUAGAAGCAAGAGGACACUCCUCGAGCUCAUCAUUAUUAGGGUUUAAGUUGCUUCUCCGUAAGGCUCAAACUUACUACUUGGCAAGUGGAGACCACAACGGCUGCAACCACAACAUGAAGUUCUCUCUCUCACCGAUCCCUCGCCCGAAUUCACACAAUAAACCCUAA